CUUCAGUCUUGUAAACCCAAAACGUCUCUCAAAAAUUCAAGUUUCAAAUAAACACUGCUCCCCACGACACACACACACUCUCUCUCUCUUCCUUCUUCAAAAUCUUCCCUCUCAUACACCUUAAUUCCAUUUCUUCUACUAAUUUAUGUAUCCACUGGCUGUUUCAUUAUUCUGCAAAUGUUAAAUUUUGCUUCACUUUCAGCUCAUUCAAUCUGUUGGUUUGGUAUUUUGAGUGUGAAGAGCUAGGGUUUUUGGAGCUGAUUUGUUGAUGGAUUAAGGAGUUUAAACGGUUGUUUUUUUGCAAUGAAUAGAAGUUUUAGAGCAGAGGAGUCAUUGACUGGGCCGGGGCAGAGGCAGAGACAGCCUCUAAUGGGUAGUAUUAGGAGUUCAGAUGAGGAACUAUCAUUGUUUCUAGAAAUGCGAAGAAGGGAAAAUGACAGAAAUAAUAAUCGAUUUCUUCAAAAAUCCGACGAAUUUGAUCCCCUUGGAUCAAAAAGUGGUAGUUCACCUGCAUUUGAUAUUGCAUCAGCUGCACCCAUGCGGAGGACUCGUACUGAUGAGUUCCUUAAUGCUGACAAUGAUAAAACGGAUUACGACUGGCUUCUAACACCUCCAGGCACUCCUCUUUUUCCUUCUCUAGAGAUGGAAUCACGCAAAACUAUGAUGAGUCAGCUGGGAACUUCUAGAGCUCACCCCACUGCAUUGACAUCUAGAUUAACAAAUUCUCUCCCAGAGGCCACCUCAAGAAGCAACUUAGCAUCUAGACAGCCAGCUUCCUCUCCUGGAUUAAACACUUCAAGUUCUAGUCUUCGAAGACCAUCUUCUUCAGGUGGAUCAAGACCUUCAACUCCUACUGGUAGACCGACAUUGAGCUCAUCUAGAUCCACUUCGACCUCGGCAUCUAGAUCCACAUCUGCUACAGCAACCAAAGCAAUGACAUCCACUGCAACCUCUAGAUCAAUGUCAACCGCGACAGCAUGUAGAUCAUCAAGGUCUGCCACACCUACUUCUCGGGCCACCAUGCCUGCUUCAAAACCCACUGUUCCUCCAAGAUCUUCAACACCUACUGCAAGGUCCAGUGCACGGUCCUCAACACCAACAAGCAGGGCCUCUGUUACUGGAUCAAAGUCCACAUCAAGGGCAGCAACUCCAACUCGUCGAGCAACUUCAGUGUCAGGUACAACAAAUACAACUGUUCCUCCAGUUAAACCUGUGUCUUUCCCUUCGGGUACCCGGUCAGCUACAAUGGCAUCACGAAACCCUGCAGCCUCACGUGCUAGUUCUCCAACUGUAAAACCCAGACCAUGGAAGCCUUCAGAUAUACCAGGGUUCUCCCUUGAUGCUCCACCCAAUUUAAGGACAUCACUACCUGACAGGCCAAUUUCAGCUACAAGGGGCAGACCUGGAGCAGCUAGUGUCAGGUCUUCAUCUGUUGAGCCAGCUUCAAAUCUUCCUCUCCUGGAUCAAACACUUCAAGUUCUAGUCUUCGAGGACCAUCUUCUUCAGGUGGAUAUGGCUAUUAGACAUAUGGAUAUAAGGCAGAGAGUCUCGGGUAAUCUGCGUCCCUUGAUGACUAAUAUUCCAGCAUCCUCUAUGUACAGUGUGAGAUCAGGGCCGCCUACUAGAGGCAGGACAAGCAGGUCAAUUAACAUGCCUGACUCCCCACUAGCCACUAGCAGUAAUGCUAGUUCUGAGGUGAGUGUAAGCAACAACGUUGUGUGGGUUGAUGGAAGUGAAAUUGAUGAAGACAUUAGCAGUGAUAAAGGUGCUCGAUCACCUGCCAGUGUGCGUGGGAGGUGAUGAUUGGCUUUCAUGCUGCAUGAUGCUUUCUAUGUUUUGGAUCGGUGCCAGUUUUAGAGGUCUGACACCUGAAUAUGAUUGUUUCCUUGGAAGAACUGACUGAUUUGAUUCACCUGACUAUGUAAAGAUUGAUGCACUGUCUAGCUGUAUUUUGAAUCAUUGUAUUAUUAGUCCUGUUAAUGCCAAUGCCUCGUUUUUGUUCAUGAGAAA